UCCUUUCAUGGCGCCUCCUUUCUUACUCGUCUUCUUUUUUUUCUUCUUCUCUGGGGUUCCGCUGAAUGCGGCAUCGUUUUCGCAUGAUCAGGCGGUGAAGACCUAUAUCUUUCGGGUGGAUGGCGAUUCUAAGCCGUCCAUUUUUCCUACACACUACCACUGGUAUAGCUCGGAGUUUGCUGACCCGGUUCAAAUCCUCCAUGUAUACGACGUCGUUUUUCAUGGCUUCUCUGCUACUCUCACCCCAGACAGAGCCGCUUCGAUUCUUCAGAACCCCUCGGUUCUGGCGGUGUUCGAGGAUCGCCGCCGUGAGCUGCACACCACUCGGUCGCCUCAGUUUCUUGGCCUGAGGAACCAGCGGGGGCUUUGGUCGGAGUCCGACUAUGGCUCUGAUGUUAUUGUGGGAGUGUUUGAUACUGGAGUGUGGCCGGAGCGGCGCAGCUUCUCGGAUCUGAAUCUCGGGCCGGUGCCGGCGAAGUGGAAGGGGAUAUGCGAGACUGGAGUGAGGUUCGCGAGGACGAAUUGUAACCGGAAGCUCGUCGGAGCUAGGUUUUUCGCUAAAGGGCAUGAGGCGGCGGCGAAAGGCGCCGGUCCAGGAUUUGGAGGGAUCAAUGAGACUGUGGAAUUCAGGUCGCCGAGAGAUGCUGAUGGGCACGGAACUCACACUGCGUCGACUGCUGCUGGGAGAUAUGCUUUCAAGGCGAGCAUGUCUGGCUAUGCCGCCGGGAUUGCGAAAGGCGUUGCUCCGAAAGCUCGACUGGCUGUUUACAAAGUGUGCUGGAAAAACUCCGGUUGUUUCGAUUCCGACAUCCUGGCGGCAUUUGAUGCUGCUGUUGCUGAUGGUGUCGACGUGAUUUCGAUCUCGAUCGGAGGUGGCGACGGAAUUUCUUCUCCGUAUUACCUUGAUCCGAUUGCAAUUGGUUCUUUCGGAGCAGUAUCGAAGGGCGUUUUCGUUUCAGCAUCUGCUGGAAACGAUGGACCAAACGGAAUGUCAGUUACAAACCUUGCGCCUUGGCAAACGUCGGUCGGAGCUGGCACCAUUGAUCGUAAUUUCCCAGCGGAUGUGGUUCUUGGUAACGGAAAGAGACUCUCAGGAGUGUCGCUUUACUCUGGAGAGCCACUGAAAGGGAAACUGUAUUCUCUGGUUUACCCUGGAAAAUCUGGGAUUCUCGCUGCCUCACUGUGUAUGGAGAAUUCGCUUGAUCCAACAAUGGUGAAAGGAAAGAUUGUGGUUUGCGAUCGUGGAAGCAGUCCUAGGGUUGCUAAAGGUCUGGUAGUGAGGAAAGCUGGCGGCAUCGGAAUGAUUCUCGCCAAUGGGAUCUCCAAUGGCGAAGGCUUAGUCGGCGAUGCUCAUCUCAUUCCAGCUUGCGCUGUUGGCUCCGACGAGGGCGACGCCUUGAAGUCCUACAUUUCAUCGACCUCAAAACCUACCGCAACCAUCGAUUUCAAAGGAACUGUGAUAGGAAUCAAGCCAGCACCGGUAGUGGCAUCCUUCUCCGGCCGAGGACCAAACGGACUCAACCCCGAAAUUCUCAAGCCUGAUCUCAUAGCACCUGGUGUGAACAUCCUCGCCGCGUGGACCGACGCCGUCGGCCCCACCGGACUCGACUCAGAUACUCGGAAAACAGAAUUCAACAUUCUCUCUGGCACAUCGAUGGCUUGCCCUCACGUCAGCGGCGCAGCGGCGCUCCUGAAAUCUGCACAUCCCGAUUGGAGUCCAGCCGCGAUAAGGUCAGCGAUGAUGACCACUGCUAGCAUCACCGACAACCGUCUCCAGCCCAUGAUUGACGAAGCCACCGGAAAACCAUCCACGCCAUACGAUUUCGGCGCCGGGAACCUCAACCUCGACCAAGCAAUGGACCCAGGCCUAGUCUACGAUAUCACAAACGCCGAUUACGUCAACUUCCUAUGUUCAAUUGGUUACAACCCCAAGAUCAUUCAGGUGAUUACUCGAUCACCGGAAACCUGUCCGUCGAAGAAACCCCUGCCAGAGAAUCUCAACUACCCAUCAAUAUCAGCAUUGUUCCCCGCCACAUCUGUGGGAGUUUCAACCAAAUCCUUUAUCCGAACGUUGACAAAUGUGGGGCCGCCGAAUUCAGUAUACAGAGUGAAAAUCGAAACUCCGCCAAAGGGAGUGACGGUGGCUGUGAAGCCAGCGAAGCUGGUGUUCUCGGAAAAGAUGAAGAAACAGAGCUUUGUAGUGACCGUAUCCGCCGACAGCCGAAAAAUAGAAAUGGGCGAAUCGGGUGCGGUAUUCGGAUCACUGUCGUGGUCUGAUGGAAAGCACGUGGUUCGGAGCCCCAUAGUGGUAACUCAAAUAGAGCCGUUGUAAAUGAUCACGUGACUGUGAUCUUGAAAGUCACGUGCCCAGGUGUACUGUAGCAUGAACUUGCUACCCACAGUAUCACUCUUAAUAUUUUUGUUUUUGUUUUUGUUUUUUUUUAAUAUUUCUUUUUUGUGUGGCUGUUCCUUGGUUGGAGCACUAGGGCUUAGGAACAAGGAACUAGUUUUGAAUGUAGUUUUUGAGUGGGUUUUCCUUGUUUUUCUUUUGAUGUAUUUACAGAUAUCCAAGUUUUAUAUAUACUCCAAUAUAUAAAAACUUUUGGGUCAAUAUUUA